AUGGUCCGCCGGCCCGACUGCCUGCGCUGCGGAUGCUGCGCCCUCAGCCGCUUAGCGCCCUCUCGGCAGGCCGCCCGCGGGCCACAGCCGGGCCGGACACACCUGCGCGGGGAGUGGGCUGGCAGGCGGCUGGAACGCGUGGGGCGGCCGGGGGCCAGCGCCCCCGCCCCGCGAGUCCCCGCGUCUGCCGGCGAGUGGCCCGCGGCGCCCCUCCCAGAGGGCGGUGCCUCCCGCUGCUGCCCGAGGCGGCACGUGGGGUCCGAGGCUCCAGCCAGGGCAAGGUCCGAGCCCCUGAGCAUGCAGGCCUGGCGGUAUCCGGAAGGUGCCCAGCUGCACCCCCAGGGAUGUGUCCUCAGACCCCGAGUCUGGUACGGCAGCGGGAAGGAGAGCGAUCGAACAAAGACGUUUACGACCAGGGGACGGAGACACGGGACACUGGAGGAAGCCGGCGCCUCCUGCCCGCCCCUCUGCCUCCACUGGCUUCAGGCUCGGGGACCAGGCAGUAGCCUCCCCUGGGUCAGGGUACAUGGAUUGACCCUCUUCAGACCCUCCUGCUUGUCCUCUGUAACACCUCCCAGACCUGGUCCCCUGCAGUUUGGAGAAAGCAGGAUCUGCAGAACCAUCACCGCUGCCUUGGGGACAUUCCCUGCAAACUCUGGAUUCUCCCCUGGCCCCACCCCAUUGCCCCUUCCUGGACCACAGAGUAGUGUGGAAUCCGGCCCACCCAGAGUUGCUGUACAGCCCCCCACCAUGCAGCAAUAGGGAGGACACACUCUAAUGAACUCAAGACUUCUCUCAGCUCAGAGACCUUCUCCCUGGCCUGGCCCAACCCUGGGUUUUGACCCUACAGCCUCACCCCGUGCACCCCUCCCACAUCUCUCUCAACUCCCUGGGCCCAACCUAGCAGCUGGCCUGCACGGCUCCUCUCCACCAGGGCCCCUUCAGAUUCCAGUGUGCUCACAACAUUCCUGACUGCUUUGGGCACCAGAGAGGCUGGACCCUACCCUGGACCACAGGCCCCUCUAGUGCUUCAAGCCCUUGCACCUGGUGGCCAUCCCCACUGUCAUCUGCCUCCAGAGCUAGAGUUCUUCUCCAGGUGAAGGGAUCCUAGUGGUCCAUGGCAGGGAAGGGCUUUUUAAAGGACUGCAACCCACAUUUUUUUUUGAGACACAGUCUCCCUCUGUCUCCCUCUUCCCUCUGGGUAGAGCACUGGGGUGUCUUAGCUCACUGCAACCUUAAACUCCUGGGCUCAAGAGAUCCUCUUGCCUCAGCCUCCCAAGUAGCCAGGACUAUAGGCUCUUGCCACGACACGGGGCUAAUUUUUCUGUUUUUAGUAGAGAUGGGGUCUCACUCUUGGCUCAGGCUGGUCUUGAACUCCUGAGCUCAAGACUCCCAAAGUUCUGGGAUUAUAGGUGUGAGCCACCACACCCUGCAAUGAAAGAGAAAAGAGAAUAGCAUGUGGCAGCUACAAUAAUCACACACCCCACUGCGAAACUUUUGUGCCCUAGGGAGGGACCGUUCCAUGUGUACCUGUGCCAGUGUCUCGCAGGUGUCUGCACGGUGGGGUGGGGUGUCUGUGUGCAUGUGUGUUGCACUAAGUGUGUUCCUGGGACUACGCAUCUUGUCUGCAUGUUUGUAAUUUUUUUUUUUUUUUGCAGUUUUUGGCCGGGCCUGGGUUUGAACUCGCCACCUCCAGCAUAUGGGGCCCUGCCCUACUCCUUUGAGCCACAGGCACCGCCCGUUGUCUGCAUGUUUGUGUCUGUGUGGGCUAUUUGUGCCUCGGUGUGUUUCUGUGACUGUGGUGUGUGCACACACAUAGGAGUGUGGGAGCCUGUGCUCAUGCGUGUGGUGGGCAUGUCCUGGGUCCUAGGGGCCUCCCUUUUGUCUGUUAACCCAUCUGUCUGUAGAGUGGCCUGUCUGGAUGGAGGCCUUGCAGGGUGAGGCUCCUUCCUCCCUCCCACCUCUCCUUCAGGCCCUGCUUCAACCCCGCCCAGCCCAACCCAACCCAAUUCUUAAA